AUGCUGUUAGCUAAAGUCCGCAACAGGGAAUUUUGUAUUUUAAAUGAUACUCUUUCCAGUAACCAGCAAACCGUGUAUUAUGCAUACGGCUUUAAUAAAGAAAUAAGAUCUGAAAUAAAUAUAUAUUCCAUCAAUAAAUCAUUGAUCACAAAUGACUCUGAUGAAACGGUACCAUCGUUGAAAAUCCAUAAUAAGAUUCAAUAUGGAAAGAAUGAAAACAUUACCUUUUUGGGUUUUCUUAACUGCCAGCAAGAAAGUGAGAAGCAGAGCAAUAACAAGAGAAAAUUAGAUGACGAUUCAGAAACAGUGAGAACUCAGACUUUUUUGGUGGUCAUUUUGUCAAAUAAAAGUAUAUUAGUAUAUGAUGUCAGUGGCGACUCCAAAGAUGAAUUGGAACCAGUGGAAAUUAAGAUGAAGAAUGACAUUAAAUCAGCAACACUGUCGGGUGAUAGGUUUUGGAUUCUCGAUUCUCAAAACAAUAUUGAAUGUUACUCAGUAUUAGGCGCCAUUAAAAAAUCGUUACAAAAGUAUAAGGUUAGUACCAAGAAACAUGCUGACUCCCAUUUAGUAUCUACCACCGAUGAUGGGAUGUUAAUAAUAUCUUAUGAUAGUACCAGCUCGGAAAUAUCAGUGGAUACCUUCAACUCAUCUACCGGAAAGGUUGAAAAAAGCAAUAAAAUUUCCAUCGAAAUCAAUCUUGAGGAUGCAGAUGAAGACAGUGAUGUUGAAGAAGAUGAGUCAGAAGGUAAUGUCAUUAGCGCAAUCCAAGUCUCCAAAAUUCAUGAUGAUUUGGUAUAUUUGAAGUUUAGCAAAGAUGAUGGUCAUAUUUACAUAUACUCCAUUUCAACAAACAAGAUUACACAUAGAUUGAACAGCGUGGAACCUAUUGUUGAUUUCAAAGUUUUCAGAAUCAAGAACAUGGAGUAUGUGAUUUCCAGCAACUUCAACCCAGAUGAUGAGGCAGCUGCCAACUCUUUUGCAUUGUUUAAGUGUGUCUUCAGAAGAAAUGCCACCAAUAUCAACACCACAGUUCAAAUCAACUAUCGAGGGGUUCCAAAGAAUUUAGAAAUCAGUUCAUUAGAAGCUUUUACUAAUUCAGAGGUCAUCAGCGUGAUUGAAAAGAACACCAAGGCUACCAGCUUCAAUGUAGAGGAAAUUUUGGCAUCAAAAGAAAAGAUUGUCAAUCUUGACAUCAAUGUGAAAUAUGAUGAAACUGACAUUGUGAAAAGCAUAAAUACUUUGGACAUAACUACUCCAGCCAAGAAGAAGAAGCUGAAACCAAAGAGAAAGAAGAGAGUGGUUAUCACUGGUAACGAAACAAUUGAUGAGUUAUUUAGAGAGUUUAAGAGUAUCCAGAAUGACGUGGAAAAGCUUGUGGAUUUCUCUAUUAAAAACAACUACAACGUGCCUUUAAUUAAGACGAUUUUGAAAAACUCUGGAAAUGAAGAUGUUGAUAACAUUUUAAACUGCUAUAUGAAGCACUUCUUCAAGAACCCAGAAGCAGAUAUGACCUAUUUAAAACUCUAUAAUUGGUUUAGAAUGAUUUUGAUCUACAAUGGUGGAUAUAUAAUCAAGAAUGCCGCUGAACAAAAGAAAAAGAUUCAAAUGUUGAAGAAAUUUCAAACCGUUGUCAGAGAAAACAACAACCACUUGAAUGAUUUCUUGAAUUUGCAAGGGAAAUUGUCAUUAUUAAAAUCACAAUAUGAACUCAGAAACCAAAUAUACUCAAGUAGUACCAAAGAGAAUAACAGAUAUUCCGACGACUUCGAUGAUGAUGAUGCUGUUCUUGUGAAUGGUAAUGCUACCAAAACCCAUAAUCAACUCUUAAAUAAUGUUAUCAAAGAAGGACAGGCUGUUGAUAGCAAUGAAGGGGUCCAACUUAUAGAAGAUGAUGCCAUCAUUUACGAAAAUGGUGAAGUCGAUGAAAAAGUUGAUGAUGACGAUGUUGAACAAGACGAGGAAAAUAAUAUGGAAGAGUUGAGCGAUGAAGAGGACGAUGAGUGA